GAUUUUACUGUUGAGUAGCUUUUGGCAUGCUGCAAAAUUGGAGAAAGGUCGACGGCGGUGGGCGGUGGGCGGUGAGCGGCGGAAGACACCAAAGCAUGACUCUCCUCCGCCGAUUCACCAGCCCACACCACGUGUAUGUUAAAAACCCCAAUCUCCAGGAUACAGUAAACCCUAAAAAUAGCUCAUCUGGUAUAAAUGAUCCUUGGGUUUCCAUUUUCGGACUCAACAAAUAUUCACAACUCUGAUUUGUCGGCAUGGAGGAUUCGAAUUUUGUGAAGGUUAAGGUAUGUUAAAUAUUAUCUGGCGGUAAUUGUAUUUUCUUUUUCCGUUAAAAACCAGACAACUAUCUCAAAUUGUAUGUACAGUGACUUCCCGAUAUUUUUAAACUUGCAGAGGGGAAGAUCAAAUUCAAAUACUGAUGCAGAAAUCAUUAAAAUAAAGAGGAAUGAAACUCCAGAUGAUAUCUUCUCAGCACUUCUCAAGGAACAAGGUCUCGACAAAGAUUCCGAUGGCGAUGCCGAUUCCGAUGAUGUUGAUGAGACAGAGAAGGAUGAUGUGGAUAGAGACGACUAUACGAAAAACAAAGAUGAUAGGAAACGAAGCAUCUCUUGUGGCUGUCAUUUAGUCGAAGGAAAAAUGAGACACGGAAUGGAAGAUUACUUGGUUGCCAAACAUAAGACGAUUAAUGGUCAUAAACUAGGGCUGUACGCCAUUUUCGACGGGCACUCUGGUCGUGAAGUUGCUGAAUACUUACAAAACCACCUCUUCGAAAACAUACUCAACGAGCCCGAUUUUUGGACAAGCCCUAAAGCCGCUGUUAGAAAGGCUUACGAAGCUACAAAUAAAGAUAUACUCGAAAAUGUAGUUGGUUCAAGGGGUGGUUCGACAGCUGUCACAGCGAUAUUGAUCGAUAAGGUGGACCUCAUUGUAGCUAAUGUUGGAGACUCGCGUGGCGUAAUUUGUAAGAGCGGCACUGCAAAACAAAUUACUGUGGACCAUGAGCCUAUGAAGGAAAAGAAACUUGUCGAGAGCAAAGGAGGCUUUGUUUCGAAGAAACGAGGAAAUGUUCCACGUGUCGAUGGACAGCUGGCAAUGACGAGGGCGUUUGGAGACGAGAGGCUAAAGGACCACAUUACAGCGGAACCGUAUAUUGCAAUCAAGAAAAUUGAUGAAGAUACAGAGUUUGUUAUAUUAGCAAGUGAUGGCCUUUGGAAGGUUAUGUCUAACCAAGAAGCUGUGGACUGUAUUCGAGAAUCACGCGAUGGUCAAGAGGCUGCAGAGGAGUUGAUUAAAGAGGCACUUUUGAGGGAGGGCAAAGACGACAUUUCGUGUGGUGUUGUCAUGUUCCACUAAUGAUUAUCGCAGACAUUUGUAGGGUAAUUGACAUUGUACAGUUUUAAGAAUAAUAAUAACGAAUAAGCCGAAUUUAAGGUUGUCUGAAAUGACUAGUACAAGGCAUUGUUUCUUGCAAAAGCAUGGCUUCUACUUCUAGGAAACAAGAUGUCACUUUUGUUGGCGACAUUUUCUUGAAAGUCGCAAGGUUCUUCUUCGUCGAUAGUUCCAAUCUUGCCUAGGGCAAUACUGUAACUUCUGUCCAUUACACCAUAUCCACUUAUCUCUCUCCCUCUUACUGUACUGUCAAAUUUCUUGAUAUUCCUCCAGUUAUAUUUCCUGCAGAUUGAUUGGUAGAGUUCUUCGAGAUAA